AUGGCAAAAGAUGGAAGGCGCAAAAAUAGAAGACCGUCAGUCCCAGUCGCGGCGUCGGAUUCCGGCAAGAACUCAACCUCUAACCCUAACAUCGAGUCCCUCGACUGGGUAACAUGUAAACAAGAAGAACAGUUAGAUAAAUUUAUCAGGAAGAAACUGGCCCAUGUUUAUGGCCAAGCUCUGUCUACGCUUGUUUACAUGGGAUAUGAUGAAGAUGUCGCUUUACAAGGUUUAUUGGAAAGGGGGUAUUGUGUCGGUAAGGCUGACUGUUUGAGUAACGUUGUUCAAAAUUGUUUGGAAUUUUUAACAGGAAAAGACGACGCUGAAUCGGAAGAACAAGAUCGACCUCAACCGUUCAAGAAUCUUGAAUUGUCAGUGGACUUCAAUCUGCACUUUUGGGAGUAUAUUUUGCAAAAAUAUAGUCCCAAUUUGAAUAGAAUGUGUAUACUUCGAUGUAUUCUUAUGACUGAUUUGAAUCUGAAUCGAGCCAUUACCAUGAAUAUGCCUUUUAACAUGCCUAGUGAUUUGAAUCCUGACGAUGACAAUGGUGAUGAUGGAGAGAAAGACGUGUUCUUGGCUCUUGAAAUCAGAGAAAUGCUUGAUAAUUUGAAUGUUCUCGACGACUCUGUUUCUGAGGAUAUGAAGGAUGCGAUGAUUGCUGGUUUGCAAAAGCCGAUGGAUGAUCUUAUGGUGCAGGUUAAAGAAAGGAUAAGAUGGGCAAGUAAGAAGGUGGUAGAAGCGAGAAGAAAGCAACCCUCCACGAUAAUGAGUCUACUGGAGGAGCUUCGGUUAUUUGAAUGUUCCUUAGAAAGCAUGUUAGCGAGGAGGAAUUCUGAAUUAUUAUCAACACACAAUGGAGUAGAUAACGCGGAGAAAACUGUAGACCGUCUUGAUAUGGUGAAGGUAGAGAUUAAAGCAGAAAUAUCGGCAUCAAAGCUAAUAGAAUCUGAGACAGAACAGAAAUGUUUGCAAGUUUCAAAGAAAAAGAACCGGGAGAGGCAGAAAGUGAAGCUGCAGGAGGAACUAGAAUUGGAGAAGAAAAAGAUAUCAAAAUGGGAACAACAGCUGGUUGAGAUUGAGGCAGCUAUAACCCUGGCUGUGAUGAAAUUGUGCGAGGCUAUCAACGCAAAGAAGACGUUCAAUAAACUAAUUUACUUGGAAAAUCAGGUGGCCUUAGAGAAGUGGAAUUGUUGGAAACGAAAGGUUGAUGCUCUGAAAAUUCAGACAAAUGGGGAGAUUGAUAUUUUUAAUGAACAAAUGAAGAGGCUGGGGAAACUGCUUAAAGACGCCAUAUCAUUCGUCGUAUAUAAAUAG